UUUCACUGCUUUUUUCCAUCUCUCUCUCUCUCUGCUUCUUCGCUCUCGCAUAAACCCUAAUUCUCUGCUCGAUUUCUGUGUUUUCCCGCUCAAUCCUCCAUUUUCGUUCUCAGCAAUGCAUGAUCUCGCGCUUUGGUUCCGUGUCGAGAAUUGAAGGAGAGGCGUUUUGCUGGGUUUUUCUGUUUCGGGGUCUAAACGGAGGGAGAGUGUGUGAGAGAAAUGCUGCAAGCUGCGGAGAGCUCCGGCGUCCUCAACGGCGGAUUCCCGCCAUUGCAGAGCUGCUGCGGAGAGAGCAGUAGCGAGGAAGAGUUAUCGGUGUUGCCACGUCACACCAAGGUUGUCGUCACCGGGAACAACCGUACGAAAUCCGUCCUCGUCGGUCUUCAAGGCGUCGUGAAAAAAGCCGUCGGUCUUGGUGGUUGGCAUUGGCUGGUUCUGACGAAUGGAAUAGAAGUAAAGUUGCAGAGGAAUGCACUCAGCGUCAUUGAGGCUCCCACUGGAAACGAGGAAGACGAUGACCUUGAAUUCGAGAACACACAUUGGAAUGGCUCUGAUAUGACAUCUGAUGACACACUAAAGUCCCAUAAGCCGAGGCAGAGGGCACAACGAUCAUCUCGUUCAUCUCACAAAACACCGAGCAGGUCCCUAUCUUGUGACUCGCAGUCAAAAAGCUCGGUUUUUACUCCCCCUGUGAACAUGAAAGUUGAUCUUAGUAAACUGGAUAUGCCCGCCUUACAGAGAUACUGGCGACAUUUUAACCUUGUGGAGGCUAUUCCUAACCCAUCAAAGGAGCAGCUAACAGAAAUCGUUCAGAGGCACUUCAUGUCACAGCAAAUGGACGAGCUUCAGGUGAUAGUGGGGUUCGUUCAGGCAGCGAAAAGAAUGAAGAAGGCCUGCAAGUGGGAGACGAAAGAAUCCCGAAACACCGAUCUUAACUGUAUCAGUUAAGACCGACAGACAGACAAGGCGACUAACAGAAUGGUUCAUUUGUAUCUACCCUUCUGCCUGUUUUAACCAUUUGUCGGCGGUUUUAGUUUUCAUUAGUUAGCUCUCUCUCUCUCGGGUUCGGGUUAAUGGCAGAUGUUCUUGCUCUCUCUCUCUGUUAGCCAGUUGUAAGUAGAGUUACCUCCAGAACCAGUGACUUGAACAGACAAAAACUCUCCAAUUGAAUCCUGUCUUUUAACCGAUCUGGAGACAAUCGGUAUGUUAGAGAAUGUAAAUAUGUUUCCUUAUGUGUC